UUAGUUUUAAGUUGUGUGCCAUCUUCUCUUCCCCUUCCUGCUCCCGGUGCAGUCUGGGAUAUGGUGUCCCAGGUGUCCAUGCUGUACAUGUUGCUGAGUCUGUGUGUGGGCUGGACUCUGAGCCGCGGCAGGAAGCCUCAGUCGGGCCCUCUGCAGUGGGAACAGACCCCGAGGUCCAGGGCCGUGGCUGUGGGGGGGGUCGUCGUACAGGGAGGCUUGCUGCUGUGGGAGCAGUUUUCUGAAUCCGAGGGUCAGCAUCACAGCUUCCACGUCCAGCAGAGUGUCGCCGCUCUGCUGCUCAUGCUUCUCCGGGUGGUCCUCGCCCUCCUGCUGGCCUCCGUCCUCUACCAGAUCAUCUCCACUGAGAGGAGCACCCUGAAGAGAGACUUCUACCUCUGCUUCGCCAAGGGAUGCUUCCUGUGGUUCCUCUGCCAUCCUGUCAUCUUCCUCACGUCGGCCAUCUUUAACGCACACCAGAGGGAGAAGGUGGUGACCAUCGGUGUGAUCCUCUGCCAGACCAUCUCCAUGGUGAUCCUCUACCAGCUGUUCCUGUCCCGCUCUCUGUAUUGGGAGGUCUCCUCUCUCUCGUCAGUGUCUCUGCCUCUCACCAUGUCCAGGACCAACAACAGAGCACGUUACUGAUAUAUUAA